CCUAGGCCACACAAUAUGUUGGUGUUAGUGCAAUCGUGCAUGAACAACAAUGUGGAUGUAGCACCACAAGCCUCAGAAGAAAUACGACCACGAAGAGUAAAAAUGAAAGUACGUCAUCAUAGGUAACGAGCAGCUGCGUGCAAGUCACCUUUUGUACAAUUAUGUGUAUCAAAAUAUAAAAGGUUGAUGGAAGAAGAGACACAUGUUGUCGACUAUGUGUUUGACGAGUCAAAAGAUCCUAGUGAGAUGCUUUGUGCAUAUGGUGGCUAUGGCGUGACACGGGAACAACUUCAAUGCUUAGUAGGGGAGAGCUUCAUUGAUAUUCCGGUAAGGUUUAUGAUAAAUAAGAAAAAAUACCUUCAUCUUUCCAUUGAUCAUUUUAACUAAUGAAGAGGCAUUAUGUAAGUGAUUUCCAUGUUUUGCCGAUACAUGAAUGCAAAAGAAGAGAAUCCUUCUCGCAGACACUUUUUUAAUCCAUACUUUGGGGAAAUAUGUGGUUCAAUGAGCAAGUCUACCUCAAAAUCAACACUCAAGAAAAGAUUAGGUAGUUAUUGUGUUAAUCUUGAAUGUUGCAACCAGUUUUAUAUCCCCUUAUUCCAAUUUAAUGAAUGGGUCAUCAUGGUAAUCAAUUUGGAGGCUAAAAGGGUGGAUCUACUUUCAUCAUAUAAUAGCAUUCAACGUGUUCACUUUGUUAAUGAAGCUUUCAAAGUAGUUGGAUUUAUGUCGCAGUUAUUAAAAAAUUCCUUCAAGCGGAAUGAUGUGAAUAUAAAUAAUUUACAUCUACAGUAUGCAAAUAUCGUUGGCGAUCCAAAAUUAUGUCAUACUGGGAUGUAUGCUAUUCUCUAUAUGCAACAUUGGGAUGGAAGUGGUCUUAAUAGAACCAUUAAUUCUGAACGCAUGAGCCUUGAAAGAUUGAAAUUUGCAACUCAUAUGGUUCUUGAUAGCGAAAAUGAAAUUGGUGAAAUGGUUACAACUAAUAUUUGGUCAACCAAUGAUGUAGAAUAGUAUUGGGUAACCUUCACAAUUAAUUUCUUUUGUUUUAUUUCAUUC